UCCUUUAAGGAACAGGCGUCUAACAGGCAGAACCGGAUUCUCCAGGUGUGAAAUAAGCAAUCUAUUCUCACUUGCUGUUAACAGCAGAAGUACAGCUUUAUCUCUUAUUUGACUUCAUUAUUUGGCUUUCAAUUAACAAGAUGAAAACUAUACAGAUAUUAGCCUGUGAUCUGUAAGACAGAGAUUUAAAUAACUUAUUCAAAAACAUUACAUGAGAUGAUAUUCAGAUUUUCUCUCAAAGGCAGGAUUCCAACACCGCAGGUGGAAAGUCAACAAAAGGAACAAGACAGAAAGGAGGAAAGGGAAGAUGAAAGACCGACUUCAAGAACUAAAGCAGAGAACAAAGGAAACUGAAGUCUCUAGAGAUGGUCACGUAUCAACUGCAGAAACAGAGGAACAAGGGCUGUUUCUGCAGCACGCUGUUAUUUAUGAAAGAGAGCCUGUAGCUGAGAGACACCUACAUGAAAUUCAGAGACUACAGGAAAGCAUUAACAGUUUGACAGAUAAUGUUCAAAAAUUUGGGCAGCAACAGAAAAGUCUGGUGGCUUCAAUGAGAAGGUUUAGUCUACUUAAGAGAGAGUCUACCAUUACAAAAGAGAUAAAAAUCCAAGCAGAAUACAUCAACAGAAGUUUGAAUGAUUUAGUGAAAGAAGUUAAAAAGUCAGAGGUUGAAAAUGGUCCAUCAUCAGUGGUCACAAGGAUACUGAAAUCUCAGCACGCUGCAAUGUUCCGCCAUUUUCAGCAAACUAUGUUUACAUACAAUGACACAAUAGCAGCAAAGCAGGAGAAGUGCAAGACAUUUAUCUUCCGUCAGCUUGAAGUUGCUGGAAAAGACACGACGGAAGAAGAAGUAAAUGAUAUGCUUCAUCAAGGAAAAUGGGAAGUUUUUAAUGAAAGCCUGCUCACAGAAAUCAGUAUCACUAAAGCACAACUUUCAGAGAUUGAACAGAGACACAAAGAACUUGUUAAUUUAGAGAACCAAAUGAAGGAUUUAAGGGAUCUUUUCAUUCAGAUAUCUCUUUUAGUAGAGGAACAAGGAGAGAGCAUAGACAACAUUGAAAUGACAGUGACUAGUACAAAGGAGUACGUCAACAAUACUAAAGAGAAAUUUGGACUAGCUGUCAAAUACCAAAGAAGAAAUCCUUGCAGGGUACUGUGCUGUUGGUGCUGUCCAUGCUGUAGCUCAAAAUAAAGAAGCAUUAGGAUAAAAGGUAUCUCAUAGUUCAGUGUCUCGUACCGUUUCUCUUCAUCUCACAGAUCCAUUCACAUACCUUUCAUCACUUUAAGUCGUAAUUCUCCCCUUUAACCCUAACCCAAUAAAAUUACAGAAACUUCUGUAGCUAGUUACAUAAAACACACAUUUAUUUAAUUAAAGUAAAAACAGUAUGGUUACUGUCAACUUACAAGUUAACUACUAAAAAUGAGCUGAAUAAUCUUAAUUUUCUGGUCAGGUAUCAAACUCUACAUUACCCGUUUUUCUCACCUGUUAAGUAGUACCGAGGCAAUCCAUUUGGCUGAUUUGAAAAUAUUUUGAUAGUUAAGAAUCAUGCUACAACAAAUCUAAACCAAACUAGAACCUUUAUCAAAUCUUGUCUCUUUUUGGAGUGCAGUGGUGUGAUCCUGGCUCACUGCAACCUCUACCUUCCAGGAUCAAGCUAUUCCCGUGCCUCCGCCUUCUGAAUUGCUGGGAUUACAGGCGUGAACCACCAUACUCGGCUAAUUUUUGUAUUUUUAGUAGAGAAGAGGUUUUGCCAUAUUGGCCAGCCUGGUCUCGAACUCCUGAUCUCCAGUAAUCCGCCCCCCAUCAGCCUCCCAAAAUAUUGGAAUUACAGGCAUGAGCCACUGCUCUCGGCCCUUUAUCAAAUCUUUUAUCCUCAGAUAAGUUAACUCAAUGCUUGACAGAUCAGGGAAAACUCAACUACAUACUUGAAGAAUCUAAUUAGCUACUGGAGCUGAAUGUGGCUUAAGGAAAAAGAAGCUGAGUUAAGGCACUGUUUGAACUUGGGUCCAUAUAGGGCAAUGUAUUACAGAUUGGCAGGUAAAGUCAAAUUAAAGGCACCUGCAUUCUUAAAUAUUUCGCCAUGUCUUUAUGAUAAUGCUAUCCUAUACUAUGAGCUAGGGAUACAGUCUAAAUUCACACAGCACAGAGACGGAGUUUUGCAACUCACAUUCUAGUGGAGAAAGCAGAUAACAAAUACAAAGAUAGUGUUAAGUUCCGAGCAGAGACUUAAAAUGAAAGGGCAAAGGGAUGAGGGAGAGACUGCCGAGGGGUGAGUCUUUAGGUCCCGUAGUCGAUGAAGACCUUUCUGAAAUGUGAAAUUUAAGCGAAGAUCUGAAUGAGUAUAAGGGACGGUAUAUUCCUGGCAUGGAAACAAACAGUACAAAGACCCUAAGGAGGGUAUGGCUUACUCUGUGCAAAGAAAAGUAACAAUCCAGCUAGGGCAUAGUCGGAAAAAGGCAGUGAGAUACGAGAGGAGGUUAAGAAAGGUCAGCAAAGGCUGGAUUUAAGGUUUUGUAAGCCACGCAAAGAAGUCCGAAGUGUAUACAAUGUAAUCAACAGGAGGCUCUCAGAUUGUUCUAGACCCGAUGGUAAUAUAACAUAAUUUACACUUGACAUAGAUCAUUCUGUCUACUGUAUGAAGAAUGGGUUAGAAUGGAAUCGGGGGAGGUGAGUAAAGACAAGCACAGAGGUAUAGAAAACAAUCAGGUUAGCGCAGCAGGAAGAAAAGAUGGAGGCUUGCGCUAGGAUUACAGAGGAGGCGGUGCCGGUGGCAGCAGCGAGAGAACACUAAAGAUGAAUCAAGCACUCAGUGCCCUCGUCACUGCUCCAGUAAUUUCAGAGUGGAUGAAGUACGAAGUCGACACUAUAAUUACAAUUUUACCAGUAUGAACAUGAGGUGCAAUGAAAUUAAGCAACCUGUUCCAGGUCACAGAAACUGCACGUGGUGAACUGGGAUACGAACCCAGGCAGUCUGACUCCAGAGCCAGCUCUUAACCAUUCUCUUACUACAUACUAUACAGUAGUGAUGGGGAAAAAAUCAGAUUCACUUCUGAUAGAUUUAAGAAGUAGAAUUACAGAAUACUGAUUAGAUGACGACGUCGUGUACUGAGAUGGGAAAAGACAGAAACUCCUCACAUAAGAAAGAGGAGGAUACUGUGCAAGAGCAGAAAGAGGUGGAAUCUGAAGCAGAAGGAGAGAAGCUGGACUGGGUAGGAAGAGAAACGCUUCUUCCGCACUGCAGAAGAAAAGGCGGGGUUAGGAAGAAAAGCACACUGGGUAAAAUUACUCAACUAUUUCCUUAAAGAAUUCAGGCAAAAACUGAAAGUACAGUGAGGUUAAGGGAGAAGAGAGAGAGGACAAGGAGGGAAACUGCCAUUUUGAGAGAACAGCAAACAUUCUAAGAAAGAUAUGAAGACAACCAGGAAGUUACCAUAACUUUAAUGUGCGAUCAGCCGUCAGUCAUGCAUUACUAAUCUAUCAUGUUUGGCAUGUGGGUGCUGGCACAGAAUGCGUAGAUAACUCGGUCUAACCAAGAUGGUGGCUCCUCCACAUAUGUACAAUGAAAGAAAAUAUGUCAAGAGAGCUUGGGAGUAUUUGAAGUGACUGAAUUUUAUAUGUAAAAUAUGUAUUUCAUAAACACUACAAAAUAAUUUUUAAUUUAUAAAACAUCACAAAAUUGAAGAGCUUUCUAUUGUGUCAAUCAUCAAGCAUUACUAGAGAAAAAGAUGUUUCACAUAUCGCAGCUUCAAAUGUUUAACAUUAUUAAAAAAAGACAAACUUAAAAGAUGAUACAACUCCACAGCUGCGUAGUAACAAGCAACUAUCUCUCUGCUGUUCCUUCUAAAAUGUUUUCUACAGCCGUAGUGAUACUUGUUUAUAAUUGCCCCUAAACUGCUCAGCGUGAAAGCUGGUAAUAUUGAGUACGAGUUAAUAUUCCUCUGUACAAUCACAUCCAGAUGAAUCUGUAAAAUAUUUUAGCAUUUUAUAUUUGCACACAGUGCUUUUAAAGCAAGACUUGAGCACAAAACAGAUCAGGAAAUAAUGUAUCAGAAACCAUUUUCAUUGUUCCGUUUCCAAACCAAUUAGUAUCACCCUAACCUAAACAAAAAAGAUAACAUGCUGAUUAGUUGUGAGAAUUGUUUAUAUUUUAUUUACGCACUUUAAUUAGACAUUAAAAGUAGAUAUUUUUUCUUAAAAUAAUAACCUUGAGGGGGAAAAAAUCUUAAAAGAGGUGAAGGCACAAUAUUGCAAUAUUGGAAGUAUGGAAUAAUAAAAAUAAAAAUCACUCUGAGCACUAAAGCUCAUCUUCGUAACUAUUACUCUUUGUCAUUUUCUGUAAUUAUAAGCUUCACAGAGCUUCAGUUCAUAAGAUGAAAUACUCUGAAAGUGGCUCUCCUAAUUCAUCUACAUCUGGACACAGUAUAUUAUCAAUAGUAGCAAUAUUCAUACCCACCAUCGCAUUUACAGAACACUAGUGAAAUGCUGCACUAGAGGCUUGAGAGGAUUUAAAUGCAUUAUUUGGAAUUCACAUAACAAGACAGGUAUUAUGACAAAUGCAGACAUAAAAGCUUAGAAAGAUGAAGUAACCUACCCAAGGCCUUUUGGACAUACACUGUCUCCUAUACUAGUAGUUCUGUUUUUGCUAUGAAUCAGAAUGAUUUGGAGGACAUGUGGGGGGAAAAUCUCCAAAGCAUUUAUGGUCUCACCCUCAAAAAUUCUGAAGGUCUAGGCUGAUGCUGAUGCAGGUGGUUCAUGGACAACAUCUUGCUGCCUAGUAACCGGCCAAAGAGUUAUUUUCUGUGUUUUGUUCUUAACUAGAUUGAAGUGAUAGGGGAGGCAGGGAUGGGAACUUCUGCAGGCUCCAAGGGCUUAAAUUACCUGCAAAAUCAAUCAGCUGAGGAGCUUUACUGUCAACUACAGCUGUUAUGAAGCCGAAUGCCAGUAAGAGACAAAAGGAAUCAUUCAGUAAGGACGUCUGGAGAAGAGUCAGCAGUGUAAGUAAACGACAUUAAUGAGCAUGACAGUGGUAAGACUCCAAUGAAAGCAGAGAAAUCUUAAGCCAAUGGGUCUUAUAAAUUCAAUAAGUAGGGGUUUCAGAGGGUGAAAUCAGUCAGCAAGGGACUCACCGCUCUAUCUCAUUCUAUCUAAGGAUCAACUGAUUUUGUGACACGGGCAGACCAUAAUUCCAUAUUGAUGGGUCUCCAGCGUUCUAAAACAGGACUCAGACUCUCCUUUUAUUAUUUAAAUGUCUAAUGUGAUAAAAGUAUGUUGCAGUCAAUGUCUGAUAACCUAAUAGGAUAACCAUAACCUAUUUAACUUCUCCUGGGCACUUACAAUGAAGAAUAUGACUAAAAGAAACUUGCAAACGAACAUUCUGCUGUAAUACCACCUAGAAGGAAGGUGAGUCAAAUAAGCAUAAAAAGGUUGGAACCAAAAAAAAAAAAUCCCAUGUUGAAAAAGUAGUAAUUAAAGCCUGGUUAUUGUCUCUCCUAAUAUGGAAACUCAUUGACAGGGUUUUUCACCUUUUUAAUCAUAAACUUCUUUAGAAUCUGCUCACAAGAAAAACGCACGUACACUUGGAAUUGCGUGUAUGAUUUCAGAGGGCCUUGAGAGGGCAUUCAUGGUGCAAAGACCGUGGGUCAAGAAUUAUUUAUUUCUCUAUCUACGUAUCUAACUAUCUAAUUUAUUUUUACUGCCCCUUGAGGAGCAGGACUACCCCAGAGACAGUGUGUCCAGAGUGGCCAAGGAACUCCAGUAAGAUCAAAUCAGAGCUAUCGGUUGUCUUCCCCGAGUGAAACUCUCUCUCUCUCUCAAAUAUAUAUAUAUAUAACUUUUGUUGUCAUCAUUCAAUUUGUGAGGACUGGCCAGAAGUUAAGUUAGUUCAUGUAACUUCACAGAAAAGCAGGCAGCGUGUGAUGAGAAAGUGGCACCUUCCAAUAACGGUGUUUGAGGGCGCUAACACCAGAACUGUCAUUAUCCUAAAAGAAAAGUUUAGCCUGUGCGUCUGGUUAAAAGUGUUAGGAGAUUCAACUAUAAAAAGAAGGGGUAGUUUAUAAUUUCUCUCAGGCCAAGCCUCCACGGGUACCAGUGAGACGGGGUAGAAAGAGCAUGUGCCUUCUUACGACAUCAGUGUAACCCUGUGUUGCUGAAAAUUUCAGUAGAUUAAGCUGUUUAAAAUACGCCGCAGCUCAGUUUAGUCCUCAGGUAAUCGACUAUUAAUGGAAAUUUCCACACUGGAUGUUGAGCUUAAAAUCUGGGAUUACUGCUGCUUUGAGUGCCAUUUAGACAGCUGCAAAAACUGCUUACUCUUUUCUUAGAAAGGCCUUCUUUGUCAAGACUACCUGGUUUGAAAGUUUUUCUGUUUGUAUUUUUUAAAAACAUCUCAAGGGCCAGCUACAUCAAUUAAGCUCUAAACAGUUGAGGGAGGUGGGGAGUAGGCAAGAGGAGAUAACAUUUCAUACCCUACAGUACAGGCUGGAGUUAAUUUCUAAAUAGCUGAGGUGAGAGAAAAGGACUUUCCAGGUUAACACGACUGCAAAGCAUACGUUUGCAUGGCAUUUAUUUUCACUGUCUUUAAAAGGAAUGGAAAUCAUUUUUACUUUUUUAUUGAAAUUGGUUCUGGUCAUGCCACUCUACACAGCUGAAUACAAAGAAUCAGAAUAUUUUACAGCUACUUUUAUAAUAGAAGAAGCAUUUAACUAAGCCCAAAGAAGUAGAGCGUCUGGUCAGGGUUAUCAGCAAAUUCAUAGUAGUUCUUCGAAUCCAGGUUCUAGACUGUCUUCUCCCUGAACUAACGGGUUUUCAACUCUCACCACUUAUUUCAGAAGAUUUUAAUUAAAAUAUUAUGCUGAUUAAUAAAUGCUAUAUAAUUGCCAAAAAGAACUUCAGAGCUAAUAAAACAAAGAAACCCAAUCACAUUCAGAUUCUGACUUUUCAAGAAAAACCUCCAGUCUGUGACAUCAAGUAAAAUCUCACUGAUACGGUUUUACCUCUGUGUCCCCACCCAAAUCUCAUCUUGAAUUGUACUCGCAUAAUUCUGUGUUGUGGGAGGAACCUGGUGGGAGACAAUGUGAAUCAUGGGGGUAAGUUUCCCCCAUAAUGUUCUCGUGGUUGUCAGUAAGUCUCACAAGAUCUGAUAGUUUUAUCAGGGUUUCCUGCUUUUGCAUCGUCCUCAUUUUUCUCUUGCCGCUGCCCUGUAAGAAGUGUCUUUUGCCUCUUGUCAUGAUUCUGAGUACUCCCCAGCUAUGUGGAACUGUAAGUCCAAUUAAUCCUCUUUUUCUUCCCAAUCUUGGGUAUGUCUUUACCAGCAGCAUGAAAGAAGACCGAGACACCGGUCAAGGCAUUGUCUGCAAUCACACAUGCUGUGAGCCUUGCGUGCAGGAGCAAGAAGAGAAGAAGUAAGAUUGUCAUAACCUGCUACUGUGGCCAUCCACUCUACUUCCCACAGAUAAAUCAUUCUGGCUCUAUCAAUGUGUAAUUUUGUGAUUACAGAAAAUAUUCUGAAUCUUUAGGUUUAUUUCCUUCUAUUAAAUGAGUGAACCUUUUCAGA